GUCAUUGUGCCGAUCUGAGUUCAAUUACAAGUUGUAUUAUCAUUUGACCAAUGUUCCAUGUAAUAUGUAUACUUCAGUUAUAUACAUAUCGACAAACGAAAAAGUUAAAACCGCUGCUACCAUUUUCUUUUUUCACAAAUAAUGAUCACAAAAGGACUUCCACUGUUCUGGCAUUUGGAGCCAUUGCAAACACAUUUAUUGAAAUUUUGAUAUCUAAGAAAAGCUUAAUGUUUGGGACACAGAGUUGGGUUUUUAUACCGUUAACAAAUCUUGUGUCAGUAGCAGAAAUUGGUUUUCUUUAUUUCCCCAUAUUCACCUGCAUCCAUUCUCCGUAUGUUACUUUAGCAUCCGUUCUUGGUGCCAUUUAUACAAUGUUUAUUACAAUUGGGAUUUUUGUCCGCUUGUUUCAUGUCAAAUGUGAAGGUGAAUCCCAGCUGGGUGUUCAAGUAUUGUCAGGAUUUGCGAUUUUACCAGACAUUGUAUGUUCUUUUGGGAUUAUGUUCAAGUUUAUUCAUCAAAUCUUUAAAAGCAUAAAAACAGGCGUUCAUGAAGAACGUAAAGAUAAAAUACUGAAAAAAUAUCAGCAACAGUAUGUUAAAAAACUGUUCAAUCCAUCUCCCUUUGAAGGCUCUUUAAAUUUAUUUACCAAAUAUAUUUAUAAAAAAGAUCCUUAUUUUAAAUUUUCAACGAUCGUUUUAUCAUCUGUGAUAAUUAUCAUCACUUCAUUUUAUCAGAUUGCAAUCACUGGUCUGUUUUACUUGCAUUAUAUGAUAAAAUACUCAGAAAGGUAUUUGGUGAUUCAGAGAGCAAUGUUUCGUGCCAUAAUAACAUCGGCUGCCUUUGUGUUACUGAUUGGUAUGUUACAGUUAUUUUUCUUCAAGAAGACUCAUCGAAAAGAUAUGAGAAAUGUGUACAAAAAAGGUCCCAAAGAAAUAACAAUAUCAAAUACUUCGACCAUUAAGCGAAAUCUAUUUUUUCCUGGUUACUUCAUUGCCCAUAUGGUGUUUGGAAUAGUGGUGUGUUAUCUUAUGUUUAUCUUAUUCAUCGCAAUACCUUUCAUUUUACUGAUGGAGGUAUGUCCUGAUUGCUAUGAAAAAGUUAUUGUUCCAGCAUUAAAAAAGGUUUAUGGUCUUUUUAUUAUACCGAUUGUGAUUUACAUCGUACAACGCAGUCUAGUUUUCUUUGUGUUCAGUCCGAGAAUCAAGAACGAUCAAGAAUUUAUCAGGAAGAUGGGAUUGUAUCACAUUGUUCUUUAUUUUUCAAUGUUCUAUAAUUUACUGCUUGGUGUGUUCUCGUGUUUGUACACCGUCUUCUUAUCCACCAUUGUAAGUCUUGUUUGCUUGGGAAGAAUUGAUCGUAUUGUAAUGAAUCCGAAAUAUUUCAAACGCUUCCAUCGUGGUCAUCUGGCAUAUCUUAGCUUCUUGAAAAUGGAAGGAGUUCAUAAGAAUCCGAUUAUGAGAUGUUUCUGCCACAUCCUUUUUGCGCUGGUAUUCAAUCAACGAUACUUUAAUUCACGCGACACCAAGAUUUUCAGGAUUUCUCCUACUUCAUACAGAGUAUCACCAAGAGCACUCAACCGAUGGCAUCUUGCCGUUAUGUUAAUUCGAAAUCCAGUUUUGAUGCAACAUCGAAUAAAGGCAAAGCAAAGCACCUAUGGAGCCCUUUAAUACGUAAAAUCACAAUAUCUCAUGAAGGCUUCGCAAAAGACUCUCUACUUCUCAGUCUAAACGUUUCGUUGUGUCGCCGAAAGGGAGAGGUGGGGAGAGGACGAUAGUUUAACAACUUAACAACACAGACAAAUGUACAUUAUUCUAACAUUUUUAUUAUUCUAACAUUUUUAUAUAAUAACAUGGCGACGACAACUUGGAAAAGUGGAAAACAUAAUAAACACCCUCUUGAAUAUGAGCUAUCUUUUUUAUUAUAUUAUUACCCCUUUUUUUAUUUUUUUAUUGGUUUCUGAUAUCUAGGUUUUUGUUCAACACAGAUCCACGGACAUAAUAUACAUUGUAUAUAUAUAUCGAACAUUGAUUGGACGUUUUUAUUAGCUUUUUCUCAUCUAUCAUUAAGUCGAUUGAUGUGGGUUAUAGGAGGGCGGAGGGGUGCGAGUGUAGCACUAAAUGCCCUACCCACAUAACUUCUUUCAUGUUGGGUUUUAAGUGAUAAUAUUUUGCUACGAAUGAUGUCCGUUACAUAACAAUUUAAAAUCAUGCCUUAGCGAUGACUGUCAACAAUAGUUUUUGAGUUUUCAAAGAUGCACUGUUUGGCAUAUAUUACUUAUUUCGCCGAAAAAUA